AUGGUGACAAUGCGCGUCUGGGUUUUCCGAUCUCGCGGCACUCCGGCUCAAGUGCUAAAGCUUGAGACCGACCUACUACGGCCAACAGCCAAGUCACUUGGGCCUCGUGACGUGCUCAUCAAAGUCAAAUAUUCGGCGCUAUUCCAAGGCAUGGCAAUGUUGAUGAGCCAGAUACCUCACUUUGACAGCAAGCCUUGGUUUGCCGAGGGGACGUUCUCCGGGAUCGUUGAAGCUGAAGGAAGCCAAGUCGACCACCUCAAACCCGAGGACGAGGUCUUCGGCGGGCUGCCGCCGAAUGUCUUCAUGAAGUACGGCGGCACACUGGCUGAGCAUAUCAUCCUACCCGAUCAAGUCGUCGUCCAAAAACCUCGAAAUUUAGCCUUUGAAGGUGCUGGUGGCAUUGCUUCAAAUGCAGUCACGGCUCUGCAAUUUGUCGAAGUGGCGAAGCUGAAAAAGGGUGGCCGGGUUUUGAUCACCGGUGCUUCGUCCGGUACGGGAUCCAUUGUCAUCCAGGCGGCCAGAGCCGCUGUGGGGGAGGAAGGUCUUGUCGUCGGGACUUGCUCUGGUGCGAAUGAACAGUUAGUGAAAUCCCUGGGUGUUCAUGAGGUCAUUGACUAUACUAAAUGCGCAGUGCUCCAUGAGUAUCUCGCCCAGCAGUACGGCUCGAAACGGUUCGACGCCAUCAUUGACAUUGUAGGAGGAGACUGGGAUCUAUACACCAAAUCCCCGGCCUAUCUCAAGCCCGACAGUACAUUUAUAUUCGGAGGAAACAUAUCGAUUGUCCACGGUGGAGCGAGUUUUGUGUCCGUCGUGUUUUGGCUGCUCAGUAUCCGAAUUGCCAGCAGACGGCCAGUGAUUCUGGGUGGUGUGCCACGAAAAUGCCUGCUACAUCAGGGGAAGAUUGACCGGGAAAACUUGCUGAAGGCGGCCGCCCUGAUUGAAGAGGGGAAGUUGAAACCGGUCAUUGAUAGCGUUUACGAAAUGGAGGAUGUGCUCAAGGUAUAG